AUAACUGUAGCAAUUCAUAAGUGCUAAUUGGCGCAUGAGGGCAUCACCCAUUUCGAGUGGACAAAAGACAUUGCUGGAGAGUAUUCAUACUUCGUAUUCAAUUUUGUCGAGAUCACAACACAAGAAGUUGUGCACGAUGUGUGGUACAUCCGUUUGGUGUUUAUUGUUUGUGUUACUUUUUGCUGCUGGUAGUAAAAGUGGAGAUGUACCUUCAAUUUUGACAAAUGCUUAUGCUAAAGUAGCAAAAUGGGGUGCAGCUAAUAGUGGUACCCUAGGUGAAGGGCGUAGUUCUAAUGGUCAAUCAUUUUUUACACAAAGUUCGGAUGUAAAACUACGAAGUGGUCAAAAUUUAAACAAGGAAAAAGUGGUUUAUCAUUACAGUGUGCCUGUUCAAAAAGUUCAAAACGGAAAAAUUGAUUCCGUGAUAAAAAAGCAAGGAUUUCAAGACAGGUUUAACCCACCUCCAGCGUUCCAAUUCGGAGAUUCAAAGAGAAAUGUUGAUCAGGACCAUGAUCACGAUCAUGGACCAGUUUACAUCCCGCCAAAAGUUUCUUAUGACUCACCUAUAUCUUCAUAUAACCCAAUAGCAAGUGGAAUACCAGAUUCUUCAAAGUUUACAAAUGGAGGACCUAAAUAUCCUCCAUUUAAUGAUAAUCCAUCACCAUCAUCAUCACCAGCACCUCCUGCGGAUUUCAAAGGACCUUUAAAUAAUGUAGACGCCAAUGGAUCUGAUUACGACGAUUCAAAUGAUAAGGCACCUCCUGGUAUUGAUGAUAAUGGUGAUAACAAUGACAAUAACAAUGGAGGUUAUCAAUAUAAUCCGCCGACAUCAGGUGGGUAUCAGUAUAAUCCACCUACUGCACCUCCACCACCACCUCCGGCUAUGUUACCAACACCUGUACCAUCAACUACAGCUAAACCACAAGUGAUGACAUUACCAUCACUAUCCCAUCACUACAAAUUCCCUUCGUAUGUUUAUGAUCAUCCUCCGAUUGAUUAUGACCAUGAUCAUGAACAUAACCACGACCAUGACCAUAACCAUGACCAUGAUCAUCAUCAACACCCACCUGAUGAUCAUUCUAAUGAAAUGCCUGACAAUGGACCACCAGAUAUGCCCGAUCAAAACCCUCUUCCGCCUCCUGAUCAAAAUGAUUACCCAGAUACAGAUUACAAUCCAGGAGAUGACCAUAAACACUCCCUGGAUGAUAUCCCAGAAUACCUUGAUCAUGACCCUCACCUAAAAGGUAAAUUCAACCAUUUUCCUCUAUGGUCCAACUUAUAUGAUGACCACCAUCAUGAUCAUCAUCAUGUUUAUCAUCCGAUUACAACAACGACAACGCCACCUCCACCACCACCGGAACCGGAAGAUGAAAACCGUGUCAACAAAGGACACUACAGUUACUACUACCUCGGCAGAAAACUCUACUACAUACCUUUGUACUUUAGCGUGUAUUUCAUUAUUUAUAUAACUGUCUUAAUUCUUAAGUCAAUCGCGCGUCACAAGGUAAAUUUCGUGCAUGAUUUAGACAAUGUUAACAAGGGCAGGAGUCUGGGUGACAUCACCAACUCCACUUCUGUUGAUGAACUUGCUGAGCAAACAACCAGAGCCAUGAUUCAAUUUAAACGACGUUAUAUUGCCAUGUAAUUUGUAACAAUCUAAGAGUUAUAUAAUAAAAAUAUUCUUUGUUUAA